GCUUAUCCGCAUCUUCUCACUUUGCAAUCAGAUUCCACGCAAGUGAUAGUUGUCAAGUUUAACAGUUUUUUUAUUGCAAUAUUUUUCCCUGCUUUUUUUUUUUGUCUGUCAAGAUAACAAGACGAGGCAGCUAUUCUGAUAUGGCCAAGGGGGAAGGUAGCGAACAAUACUCCAACGCCAGUUUAUUAACUAAACCUGGUAACUGCGAUGGCAUUUCUAUUGCAAGAAAGAGCGAGCAAAGGAACAGAUUGUCUAUCUGCAACAAGCUCUGCUACGCCGUCGGUGGAGCGCCCUACCAGAUCACAGGAUGUGCCUUGGGCUUCUUCUUGCAGCUCUAUCUGCUGGAUGUAGCACAGCUGGAUCCAUUCUACGCCUCAAUCAUCCUGUUUGUGGGCCGAGCAUGGGACGCCAUAACGGACCCCACGGUGGGCUUCUUGGUCUCCAGGAGUCCUUGGACACGUUUUGGACGCAUGAUGCCCUGGAUUGCCAUCUCGACUCCUGUGGCUGUGAUUUCCUACUUCCUAAUAUGGUACGUGCCCCCCUUUGAGGACAACAAAGUCAUCUGGUACCUUUUCUUCUACUGCCUCUUCCAGAGUCUUCAAACUUGUUUCCACGUGCCGUAUUCGGCCCUCACCAUGUUCAUCAGCUCCGAGCAGAAAGAAAGAGACUCUGCUACAGCUUACAGGAUGACGGUGGAGGUUCUGGGAACUGUGCUCGGUACCGCCAUCCAAGGUCAGAUCGUGGGGAUGGCCAACGCCCCCUGCGUCCCUGGCCCGGGAGAAAUUCUGGCCAACAUGAGUAACUCAUCGGUCGGUCUCAACGGAACGGAUCACGUCAUUUCUCUGGAACACACGAAAACCGCCUACAUGAUCGCCUCCGGAGUCAUCUGCUUGAUCUACGUCCUCUGCGCCUUUGUUCUGUUCUUUGGCGUGAGUGAGCAAAAAGAGUCCAGCCGUCCCAAGUCGGAGCCCUUGUCGUUCUUCCAGGGCAUCAAGUUGGUGAUGGGACACGGGCCCUACGCCAAACUGGUCAUGGUCUUCCUCUUCACCUCCUUAGCGUUCAUGCUCCUGGAGGGCAACUUCGCUCUGUUCUGCAGCUACACCCUCGGCUUCCGAAACGACUUCCAGAAUAUUCUGUUGGUGAUCAUGCUUUCGGCCACGCUCACCAUCCCCUUCUGGCAGUGGUUCCUCACCAAAUUUGGGAAGAAGACGGCAGUCUACAUCGGCACCUUGUCCGCGGUUCCCUUCAUGAUCCUGGUGGUGCUCAUUAAGAGCAACCUGAUCGUCACCUACAUUGUCUCCUUCGCCGCCGGGGUCAGCGUGGCGGCAGCCUUCCUGUUGCCUUGGUCCAUGUUGCCCGACGUCGUGGAUGACUUCCAAGUGCAGAACCCAAAAGCCAACGGCCACGAGGCGCUUUUCUACUCCUUUUACGUCUUCUUCACCAAGUUCGCCUCUGGAGUCUCCCUGGGCAUCUCCACUCUCAGUUUAGAUUUUGCCGGGUACAUCUCUCGAGGUUGCAAACAACCGGCGGAAGUGGACAUCACGCUGAAGGUCCUGGUCUCAGCCGCCCCCAUACUCCUCAUCAUAAUCGGCCUGAUCAUCCUCUACACGUAUCCCAUUGACGAGGAGAGGAGGCAAUGCAACCGCAAACGUCUCCAGGAGCAAAGGGAUGAGACAGAUUCCGAAACGGACUCGACAGAAUUUUCCAACAUGAUCUAGCACGUUUUCUACCCACAGCCCAAGCGAGACAAGCGGCUGGCAUUUUGCACUAUCUUACAGACACCGCCUUGUCCAGGCAACGCUCUUGCUGCUGCUGCUGCUGCUGCUGCUGCUGCUAUUUCCUUUCCAGAGGCUACAAAACGCGCCACCCCACGCUGUUAUUUAGUCUCUUUUUGUAACUUUCCUUUUUUUUGUGACUUUAUGAAAGUGCACAAAAAGCCCGCAUCCAUCUUUUUUCUUUGCUUAAUCCAGCAACUUUGAGCUCUGCGCUAGAACCCGAAACUUGAACACACAGCGUCUGUGCCUUAGCUCAGUUCAGUAGCAAAAAACAACAACAACACAAACACUUUAAUUGAACGUGGGCUAUUUAUUUGUCAUUUGUCCUGACAGCCUGAUUGUUCCCAUCUCAAUCCAUAGGCAAACCGUUAACAUCUUUCAAGGGCUUGUUUGAUUUGUUUCAUUCCAUUCAGUAAAACCACUACAAUAAAUUUGCUACUACUAUGGCUAGAAUAGCUACUGAGGAAAAGGAAGAGAUGACUGAAUACUGAGCAAAACGCGAUAACAGCCAGUAACUGAAUAUGUGAUUGCGUAAUUUAAGUAUUUUUAUUCGUUUCUGAUGAUACAGUUUGGACAAAAGACGCGUCUCAGUAUCUAAAAUCUAUUUAAGGGCGGAAUUGAUAAAUAUGUUUUCAUGCCUUUGAACGCGUCGCCAUUGCUUCUGUCUGUACGCAUUGAAAAAAGGGUGCUCGUAAUUGUUGAUGAUGGGAAUGUUGAGUGAGUUUUGGUUCAUAUGUCUUGUAUGACAAACUACUGAUUUGUGAUCUUUGUUCAUAUCCAUUGAUAUGGAAACAUGUACAUACAGCAUCCUAUGUUAUACAUACAUUGACCGCAUGUUCCCAUUUGGGGUACCAAUGUGAAGUUGUUUGCAUUUUUGUCCACUUUAAAAAAAAAAAAAAAAAAAAAAAAAGAGAGAGAAGUUGUAAUCCUUACAUAAUUUGUAGCGGGGGCUAUACAUGAUGCAAUUUUGUCUCUAGUUACGGUUACUUUUGUACAUCAUAUUAAUGUCAUGUUUUUUGGAGAGGGUUGUGGAACUGCAACUGUUUUUUUCCCCUCCCUCAUGAGGCUGUGAACCAAAUGUGUGAGCUUUAAGUCCCCGGAGACAUAUACAUAUAGAUUACAUGACACUGUGCAUAUGUAUAUAGUUGAUGUAAACUUGUAAAUAUACCUUUGAUAUUUGUGGCUGCCAUUGUUUUGAUGUACUGUAGUUUAUUUAAGAAAAGAGAUUGAAGACAAUAAAUAUUGGAACAAUGAA